AUUUACUAACGACGCUUAUUGUAACGUCCUUUUUUUGCAGUGCUUCAUGGGAAAUGCAGUCGAUAGCGGGCCGACUUUUCCUCAAAAGCGAGGAUCGCGGCCGCCAGGAACUGCAACUCCCAACAAGCCCCGCGGCCGGCAUUGUCCAGCCUGUGGCGCUGGGAGCAGGGAGGAUGGCGGCAGGUUUGUAAAAGGUCUGGCGGGUGUAUUCGCUGCGGAGUAGCAGCCCGAUAGGAGGGCGGGGGGAGGUUGGCACUCUUCUUACGCCGGUGUGAGGUACUUUGGGGUCUCCCCAAAUAUCUGCGGAAAUCGUCUUACUAGAUUAGUCGGUCUCCAGAGGCCGCUUUCUUUUAUGAAUUUUGUCUUCUGUGUAUGUCUGUCCGUUGUGUUUUAUUCUUCUCUAUCCCUACACUCUGUAUUUAUGGGUUGUUGCCUUUUAAUAUGAGAGAGCACAGGAGGUGUUGCCGUUUGUGACCCUGGCUGAGGCUCAGCCCAGUUGUGGCUUCUCUGAUAUAUAUAUAUACUAAAUGUUUUGUCUCUGCCUGUGUUAAGCCCAGACGCUUUUUAUUUCAAAAAUUAUACACUUCCCACACACCCCUCUUUGCGAUAACGAAAGCUGAGGUGGCUUUCAAUUAAAAAUCACAAAUGGCAAUAAAAUUAGAAGCAAUACCAGCUGUGAGUCCUGAUUCUUAAAACUUUUUGUUUCCUGUUUAGUUUAAUAAUAAUUUUAUUAUUUAUCCCCUCCCCUCCCCAAAAAAUCUGGCUAGGUUUCCCCAGCUGCUCUGAGUGGCUUCCAGCAGAAUAUAAAAACAUAAUAAAACGUUAAAAACAUCAGAUGUCUUCUAAAAGUUGUGCACUUCUUAAUCUCCGUGACAUCUGAAGAGAGGAUGUUACUGCCAAGGCCUCUGCCUGGUUCCCUGUAACUUCGUUUCUCACAUUGAGGGAACCAGCAGACCUUCAGAGGAGGACCUCAAUGUCCUGGCUAAUUGAUGAGGGGUGGAGACGCUCCUUCAGGUACACUGGGCCGAGACCAUUUAGGGUUUUAAAGGUCAGCACCAACACUUUGAAUUGUGCUUGGAAAUGUACUGGGAGCCAGUGAAGAUCCUUUAGGACCAGUGUUAUAUAGUUAUCUAUGUUAUACAGUUCUAUUUUCUGUAAUCCAAUACCUGAUGAGGGUUGAUAUUUCCAAAACCACUGAGAUCGUUUCAGGAAACUUAGUUGAGAAUUUUAAAGUCAAAUUGAAAACUUCUUAUUCUUUCUUAAUGGUGGCUCUGAGUUUUUUAUAUGUUUUAUGUGUUUAAUAUGUCUGGAUUAUAAAUUUUUAUGGAUUUAAUUGUUUAAAUUAUGCUGGGAAAGGCUGAAUGAAUGAGUAGUAUUAGUCUGGUUUUUUGUUAAGUUUUAUUUGCUGUUAUAAUCUGAAUUAAUGUUAUAAUACGAAUUAAUGAUUGCCUAGCCUGCCCCAUAUUUCAUGUAACCAAGACUGAAGGACCAGGCUGGUUCUGUCUGGGCUCUAAGUGAACAUUGUCAUGCAAAGAAUGAUGGAUUCUGUUUAUCCACUUGAUAAAUCUUUGUUUUAUUGUACAGGUACUGAAGUUGGGUAUCAAAGACUUUGGCCAGCGAUAUAGAUUAGUUAAGGUUGGACUACAACAAUUAUUUCCCAGAUGGCCACCUCUACAGAUUUGAAUUGGGAAGAAAACUUGAUCGCACACUGGAUGUCUAAUGCUCCCCGUGCUGGAGUUAUAUUAAAUCCUUCUUUCCAUAGUUUGAAAACCACUAGAGCACUCAGUAUUGACGAUGCCUCACCAGGUAUUUCAAGUAAUUCACUACACAGUUCCAGCAGCAUUUCUCUAAGUGAAAACUCUCUACAGAUACAGCAAGCUGUUGCAUUGAGCAGUCCUUGUGGGGACAAGUUGGACAUAUCCAAAACACUUUCUCCAAUUUCAUUUGCUAAGGAGGAGCAAAUGCUAAUUGUUAAAGAUGCACCAGGUCAGUGGGUAGCCCUGCAAAGUGAUACUGAAUGUGAUCAGCUGGAUGGUCUGGAUGAAGAAUGUUGCACUGAUCUACUUCUUCAAAAGCUUGAGCAGGUAAAAAAAAAAAAGCCUCUAUUUACACCUAUUAUUUAUUCUGUCUAGAAAAAAAGCAGUAUUUUUGCAAGUCAAUACUGCACAAUUUGUGACCCAAUAAGCUGAACUUGCAUACUGAACCCCAUGAAACUAUGAUGGUGGCAGUUGUGCUAUUCACUACUAUAUUCUAGCUCUGUUAAUGAGGCAGUUUAGCUUAUCCCUUGGCAGGUAUAUUUAUGAAACAGUGUUGUUUUGCUUGAGACUGGUAGGCUUUACUGAUGAAUUGAGGCUUGAAUUUCAGUAUGGUAUUGCAAUGCCUAUUUGUCUAUUUUAAUUCUAGUUGUGUACUAAUAUGUAAUUGGACAGUCCAAAUGGCACUUGUUGGACUUGGGCCCUAGUGUAAAUUGUGGUCACUUUAGUGUAUUCUGAUGUGUCUGUAAACUAUUUUCUUACAAAUAAAGAUUAGAUUAAUUGCUCUAAUAUGCGAGUUCUAAUAAUGUAUUUGGCUUCUUAGCUCAAAGGACUGCAACAGCACAAGCAGGAACAGCUGAAAAGGCAACAAAUGGAGCAAAUUCAAAGGCUAAUGGAAGAACAACAGAAACUACUUUCAAUGGUCUCUGAGCAGCAAGCACAUACUGGUAAGGGGACAUGCUGAAAUUGUCUUUACAACUGUAGCAUGGUUAAAACAGACAGAAAUAGAUAAGGUUUUUUAUGCUAAAAUACAUAAACAUUGCUUAGUCAAAUAGUUAUUUGGUCAGGAAUUCUUGUAUCAAAUCAGAAUUGGUACCAGGGGCUGCUUUCCAUAUUACAGCUUCCCAAUAAGGAUCUUUCCUUGCAAGUUCCUCUUGCAUCUUUAAAAUUAGUAUUUAUUGGGAUGUUGCUCAAGCUCUGAGACAGACUCCAUUUGGGUGCUGCUAAUAUUUGCAGGUCAUUUUCUUUUGCUUGUAUAAACUGACAUGCCCAAGUUGCAUUUUAAGGACAGAAUGAACAUUGUGGGAUUUCACUGGUGCUGGGAAAUCAUAUUGUUUAGAAUAGUUUUCUUUAAUCUUCAACCCACCAUGUUGAGCACAGUCCAUAAGCCAUGUAUUGUGGCCUGCCAGUGGUCUGACAUCUCCUCUUGCCCCUUUUUGUGAUUGCAAGCCCACAUAGGCAGCAAAAACAGGAGGCUUACUGAGCCCUUAGUGGGCCACUGCAUAGCUGGUGAUUGUGCUUAGCUCAGUGGAUCACAAGAUACACCAAUCUGUUCUAAAAAGAGAUGCAAUACUCAUGAUAACAAUAUUGACUACCGACUACCAAGAAAUGGAAGGUUCUAGUUAUUUUGACGAGCUUCUUGAUCAAAGAUGAAGUAAACAAAUAGAUGAAUAUACAGUGGAUAUUACAAAAUCCUCAACCAGAAGUCUUGCAGUUGUUUCUUCUUAUCCAUCUUUUGCUACAUGGAUGGUUGGCAACUGCAUGCCUAAAGCAUUGCCAGGUUUCAGGCUUUCUUGAUAAUGGUUCUACAAAUCCUGUUACUGGCAGAAUACAUAAAGACAGGAAAACCACACCCCUUCUGCUAUUUCUCCACAUAAGUAAUACAAAUAUCCUCUGCUAUGGUUUUCUGUUUAACUGUAAGGCUUUCGUGUAAUGGAAGAUUGCUUGAGUCAAAGAUGUGAUCAUCCAUCUCACUCACCUCCUGUGCCGUCUCUUCCACCACAUCGCAAUGGAGACAGUGUUUAUUGGAACAGUGGGCCUUGCAUUCCUUCUCCUGUUGAACAAAAGGAUUCUCUUCAAAAAUCCAAGAAUGGCCAAAUAUUGAAGGGAACCAUCUCUGCAGAUCCUUUUUGUGAGAGAGAGGCUUUAGAUUUGUCUUUCAAAAUGCAGAAUGAAUUGAAGGUUGAAGAUCAAAAUGACACUUCAGGUAAAACAUUCAUCUAACUAAACUAAUUAUUAAUAUUGCCUGUAUGAAUACUAAUAUCAGAGGUUUUUGUAAAGGUUGCUGAGAACAUUUAAAUAUUGAGGUCCAGAAAUGUGCUUGCUGCUGCUGAGCACGUUCUUUAAUUCUGGAGAGAUGCUGCUUUUUCUCCAGAGUUUCAAGCAGUUCAAAGGAAUCUUCCAGACCUACCACUAAAUAUCAGUGGUAGAUCAUACAGUGGAAUCUCGGGUUGCGAAUGUGAUCCGUGCGGGAGGCACGUUCGCAACCCACAGUGCUGCGUCUGCACAUGCGUGUGACGCGAUUUGGCGCUUCUGUGCAUGUGUGAGUGCCAAAACCUGGAAGUAACCCGUUCUGGUACUUCCAGGAUCGGUGCGUCCAUAACCUGAAAACGCGCAACCCGCAGUGUUCGCAACCCGAGGUAUGACUGUAUUUUGCUUCUUUCUGAGCCUUUUCAAGGCAUAAGGCGUAUGAAAUUUCUCCCCACUCCUAACUCUAUAGUGCUAAGAGCUGAGGAGGAGAGGGACUUUCCCCACAGUAGCACUGGGCCUCAGAGAAACUCAGAGCACCUUUGAUGCUCAUAGUGGUAACACAGAAUAAGACACUGCCUGUCCUCCUUGGAGGGGGGGUGAGUAUCAGUCCAUUAGCAAGCAAUUAUUUGGUUGGCUAUUAAGGACAAUCAAAUUUUCAGCCAUCUUCUGUAAUAGUAGUAGUAGUAAAUGCAUUGGGCACAAUUCAUUCAUGCUAUGGACACAGAAGGCCCAACAGGGCUCAGCAAUAACCUCACCCCAGGUUAUAGGCAGUAACAUGGGCUUUAAAGGGAAGUGGAUUUUUUUGUAGGAUAGACGUAUUCUAAGCAAAUACAUAAAAUCAUUGGUAAGCAUGGAGACAGAGGAUAUGAUUAAAUGUUAUAGGUGUAAUCAGGAAACCUAACAGGGUUCAAUAUAAAGUGGUGCUGUUCUUAUGUUCACAUCAUGACCUCGGAAAUAUUUUAAAUAGCCCUGUAAAGUAAAUAUUGCACAUGGGGUGGGGGCUAAAGUUAGGAGAAUUAAUAGUAUAUAUCAGACCAUCUAUUGAGUAGGAGGGUGAGCUGAGCUGAGAUUUAACUUUCUGGAUCAAUAAUUGUAGCUACUGAGCUACACCAAAUACCUUCAUUCGGUUGGAGAUAAAACACAUUGUUGUUUUGCAUCAGAGAUCAUAUAUAUUGUCAAGAGCCAGCGGACCUUCCUAUUUAAAGUGUGAAGAACUUCAUUAAAAGAGCUUCUGGAUUUGCAGUUGUUGUAAAGAUAUGGCUGAAAGAUAAAUUGACUGGCUAGACAAUGACCAAGGGACUGAUUAAAAUUCAGUUCCAAGUUCCUGCUGCAAUUGUGACACAAGUGUAUGUAGGCAGGUGUAACUUUCGGGACUGGUGCCUGAGUUUGCUUAUUUUCCUCUUCAUUCCCUGUGCUUUCCUUUUGUUGUGUUUGAAUUGUAAGCAUGUGGGCAGGCACUGUUUUUAUUUUAUUUCUGUGCCAAGGCAUCUUACAUAUAUACAAAAAUAAAACUUUAAACUACAAUAUCCCUACAAUACAAUACAACAUAUAUGUCUGUGUUGUUCUUAUGUAAGCUACUCUAAGGUCUGCUCAACUUAGAAGUUGAGAAAAAAAUCUUAAAUAUUAGUGAGCUAGUAAACUGGUACUUUGAGUAGAAAUUGGCUAGCUGAUCAGCUGCACUGCUUUUUGCAACAGAUAGCUCAAGAGGCCUUCUGUGUCUUGAAUAAGGACUUGAUCAAACAAAGAAAAGCAAGGUUUGUAACUUGAAUGAAGGGUGGGCGGGCGGGGGGGCUUAUCUCCUCUGGCUUCAUGCCAGCUGAGUGAAAUGUCAAGUUUUUCUCUUUAUUUUGCAGGAGAAAAUAGUCAGAUUCUGGAGCAAAAUCUACUCGGACAUGUAGAUGGUGACAUUAGUUGUAAAAGCACCAGGGAUGCAGAGACCUCUGAAAGCCGGACUGGAGGGAAGUGCUUGGAAACACCCAAUGCUGAGGAAAGGUGAGUUUGUAUGCAAAAUGGCCUUGAUACCCAGUGAACAACCCCCCACUUCCCAAAAAAGAAACCCAGUUGUGAAGGUAGAAAACUAGCAGUGGCAACUACCCAGUGUAUUGCACAGAGUGUCAUAUGUACAAUGACCUGAAAGCUGGACAGAAGCUGUGGGUGUAUGCAUGUUCUCCGAGAGUCAGGAGCACACUGCACAAGAUUUCUAUCCCCUUGAGACCAAGGUAGCUAACCUGGAGAAAAUAAAAGAGGCCUUUGAGACAUAGUUGAGGUGUCUUAUUAUCAGGGUCCUCUUCUGUUAUGGGGAAUGAGGGUCUAUGGGGAAGGAGGUUGUCACUCUGAGAAAGAGGGACACGAUUCCUUUUAAUAAUAAUAAUAAUAAUAAUAGUAAUAGUAAUAAUUUAUUAUUUGUACCCCGCCCAUCUGGCUGGGUUUCCUCAGCCACUCUGGACGGCUUCCAACAAAGAUUAAAAAUACAUUAAAAUGUCACACAUUAAAAACUUCCCUGAACAGGGCUGCCUUCAGAUGUCUUCUAAAUGUCAAGUAGUUGUUUAUCUCUUUGACAUCUGAUGCGAGGGCGUUCCACAGGGUGGGCACCACUACUGAGAAGGCCCUCUGCCUGGUUCCCUGUAGCUUUGCUUCUCGCAGUGAGGGAACCACCAGAAGGCCCUCGGCGCUGCACCUCAGUGUCUGGGCAGAACAAUGGGGAUGGAGACGCUCCUUCAGGUAUAUUGGGCCGAGGCUGUUUAGGGCUUUAAAAGUCAACACCAACACUUUGAAGGGAUCCAUUCCUUUGUGAUGAACCAAUAUUCUGUAUUUUAUAAGAUCUGACAAUAAAAUGUGAGUCUCUUGCAAUAGACCUGUUGCUGCUAGUAUUCAAGAAAGAAAACAGACAUUUGAAGAGUUCCUAGAAGAACAGAUACGACUAGAAGAACAACGGCUGAGCCAAAAAGGAAAUAAAAAGGUUAGUAAUUAGAAAUGCUUCUUGCAGUGAUAUAUAAAAUGUAUAACAACUGUGAGAAUAAGUUCCUGCUUCACUCUCCCUGAUGCUUUUAAACAUCUUUAUGCACCCCCUUGCCCAGCUUGUCCGGAGUUUUGGGCUGGGCUGCCAUCAGUAUGCUGAUGACACCCAACUCUAUCUGUUGAUGGAUGGCCAUCCUGACUCGGCCCCAGACACACUGAUCAGAUGCUUGGAAGCUGUGGCUGGAUGGUUACGUGGGAGCCGGUUGAAGUUAAAUCCUUCGAAGACAGAGGUCCUCUGGCUGGGACGGGACGAUAUGGGAUUGAGGGGCAACUCCCAUCUCUUGCGGGGUGCAAUGAGGGCCAGCACUGUCCGUUAAGAGUUUGGGUGUAAUCUUCGAUACCUCCCUCUCCAUAGAGGCGCAGAUUGCAGCUAUAACAAAGGCGGCAUUUUUCCAUCUCCGCCAAGCUAAGCAGUUGGCUCCUUACCUCUCUCGCCCUGACCUAGCCACUGUGAUCCACGCGACGGUCACCUCCAGACUGGAUUAUUGUAACUCGCUCUACGUGGGGCUGCCCUUGAGACUGACCCAGAAACUCCAGCGGGUGCGGAAUGCCGCAGCGAGACUCCUUACGGGGUCUUCGCUGCGAGAUCACCAUAAACUUUAGUUUAUGGUUGCCAUCAAUUUUGAUUUUAAUUAAUUUUUAUAAUGUUUUUAUAAUGUUGCACUAUUUUAGUGUUGUUAGCCGCCCUGAGCCCUGUCGGAGCCAGCCGUUACAAAUGGCGCAGUUUAGCAUAAAAUAAAGACACAGAGAGCCAGCAAUAUUUUCAGGAUGGUAUGAGCAGCUCCUUUCGAACUUCCCUCUCCUCCUGUAGCUUCUUUAUUAUCCUUUGUCUCUCUCCAGCCGCAUGGCCGUUUGCCAAUGUCUCACGUUACCUCAUCCGGUCAAGGCUUUUAUUGCCCCCAUCACCAUAUAGGGUCAUCACUGCCCAGAGGAAACACAACUCCAUUUAAGGUCAAUACAUUCCAAUACAUUGUAAAGCUCAGAGUGCUGGUCAGCCGAGGUCAGGGGGCACCCUGCAAUAUUACAAGCCUUUACCGUGGCUUUAUGACUCCCACAUAGCCCGGCUUCGGCUGGGGAGGGCGGGAUAUAUUAUUAUUAUUAUUAUUAUUAUUAUUAUUAUUAUUAUUAUUAUUAUUAUUAUUAUUAUUAUUAUUAUUAUGUUGGUUUCACUCUUGUAGGUGCAACACAUGAAAUUCCAGACUUCCCAAAAAGUUUUAUAUGAGUACUUUGAUAGAGCAAGCAAAACACAUAAAUAGAAAUAUAAGAAAAUGAAAAGGUCUUUUUGUUUUUUAGGAUUCUGAAAGAUCAACAUUCCAGACACCAGUUGCAAAACGACCCUUUCUAAAACGAGGUGAAGGUUUAAGAAGGUUUGCUGGUGCAAAAUCCAAAGCAGCUAAUCAGAAAGAAAGCAAAGUAACUCCUCACCUUAAUGCAGCAGAAGUAAAAAAUUCAGUUAAAGCAGACAAGCCACAGCUUCACCGGAAAACGGCCACUUCAAAUAAAGAACAAAAUUCUGACAAUUUUGUGUCUAAAAAUGGUAAUCAGAAUGGUAAAAUGAAGAAAGCUCCAGCUCUUCCCGCUCGAAAAACAGCAGUGCUCAGAACUUGUGCUGGGAAAGCCAUCCCUUCAUCUACAAGACGAAAUCCCAGUGAAAGGAAAUCUGGACAACUGAGAGAGUUUGCCAGGUCAGAAAUAAAUGGUGAAAGAGAAAAGAAUAAAGAUAAUAUAAUGGCACUUGCAAAGCUGGAUGAAAUUGGCUGUGAGUUACCCAAAGAAAAGUAUGCGCAACCAGCCCAAGUGACCAAACAUCUUACAAAUUCCUCUGAAAAAGACCUAGACCUCUCUUUUGAACUUUCUUUCCAGAAGAAAUUGGAAAACUGGGAUACUGAAAAGGAAAAAGAGGAAAUUGAAUUGGAUGAAUUUUUGUUUCUAGAGCAGGCUGCUGAUGAAAUCUCCUUUGCCAGCAAUUCCUCACUUAUUGUAAGGAUCUUGGAUCAAGGCCAGCAGAUUUCUACAGGGCGCAGACUGUCUUCUACUCCCAUUAAAUCAAGGCAGCAACAACAGCAGAUAAAUGUGCAGGACGCUACAGCUGUAGAGAACAGAAAUGGAGACGCAUGUGUUUCCCAACCAGCAAACAAUGAGAAGGACAGAGGGAUGAUCACUGAAUCCCAGGCAUCUGAAAUGCUGAAGGAUCAUCAAAAUAAAAUUGACAGUAAAAUGCUUCAGGCUUUCCCCACUGAGUUUCAAGGUUUUGGUGACACUGAGUGGGACGAAGAUAAAUCUGGUGAAAGUAGUGAUGUGACUUUGGGGUCUGAGGAGGAAUUUGAGACUACCAUAAAGCCUGCUGAGAGAGCUAAAAAGUUUGAUUUGAGUCAUAGAGGUGACAGUCCUGAAUUUUCAGAGUACAAAGAAGGCAUAAAUAGAGAUGCCUCCCUUGGCUUACUAGAAAAAAAUGUUGGUAGUAUCCAGUGUAGCAAGAUAAACAAGGGUUCUGAAUUUCAAACUGUGUGUUGUGCAAAUGGAAAUCAAGUUGAUUUUGAUGACGAAACAUCGUGGACGGACUUCGACGAGAAUGGGAGUCGGUGUACCCAAGUACCAAAUGAUGACUUGGUUAUUAAAGAACCAUUGUCCCCUGACUGUUCAGCUACGAAUGAGGCAUUUUUUCCAGAUAAAAGGAUAAAGAGGAAGAUUGCCGUAGCAAAGAAAGGGGAUGUUCUGCCCAGGCAAAGUGUGGCAGACAGUGAGGCAAUUGCACCCCCCACAACAGAUCUGAUGCUGAAGCUCUUUCCUUCUCUGAGGCCCAAACAGAAGGUAGAGGCACAGCAAAGACAUGAUGCCAAACCCAAUGUGUCUCAGGAAGAAUCGGGAGGUAAGCAAGAGGGAUAAAUGAGUAUUGAGCGUAAUAAUCAGUCCCAUAAAUCUUCUCAAUAGCAGUAGUAAUCUUCAAAGCCUAUAUCCCUCUGUCCUGCUUUUCAGCUUGCAUUCUCAGGGUUUUAGAUUCUUCAACAAAUUGCCAAGCAAUUUAUUGGAGCCAAUUUGCUUUUCAGACUGGUUUCUAUUGUAAUGGCUACAAUUUUAUGUGUUUUAAGCCCAUUUAUUUCAUCCAGUCUUACAGUGACUCACUCAUAGUUUCAGUCUGGAUAUGUAUGCGUAAAAGCUGACCUGGAAGUCAGCAGAGUUGGCUUUAAAACUCCUAUAAAGAUGGCAAAGAUCAGAGAGGGUGGGAAACUGGUAAAACGUUACCACACAACAGUAUGGUGCAUACAUUGACAUUUGUGCAUCAAACAUUGUGCACCUGUUCUUUGUCAGGAGACACGGCUCGUUCCCAGCUCUUGAGAGAGAAACUUGUUGAAUUGGAAGUUGAAAUCGAACGGUUUAGGGAAGAAAAUGCGUCCCUCACAAAACUUCGAGAAGAGCGUGAGAAGGCUUUGGAGAAGUUCAGGUAACUUAAAGAGCCUGUCUGAUUUCUAUCCUGUUGGUGUGAAGUUGAUUUAACCUAGAGCAGGCUUGCCACUUAGGACGCACCUGCCAUCUAUGACAACCCAUUCAUUUAAAAUAAAUCCAUCCUUUCCUGUUAAAAAGCUCAAGGCGGCUAACAAUGUAUAAACAAUAAAUGAAACCCACAUUACUAGAAGCAGCAAGAAACAAAAAGAUAAAAGGCAGCUAUUGAAAACAAGUGCAUAUUCUCAAGUGAUAAAAACAUUUCAGUGCAGCUAAUACAGUCUGGUACAGAAGCUUAAAAUGACCCCCCCCCAAAAAAACCCCCUCUAAUAAGCAGGAAGGAAGGUUUUGAUGAAAUGAUGGGAAGAGUUUGCGAGGGUCUUUCACAACCUGGGUGGAGGCCACUGAAAUGGUUAUGAAUAGUAUACCUGGUUCUUCUAGGGCCCUCUUUUGGGUGCCAACUAAGUAUAGUUCAGGGGAAUGCACAAGAGAGCUUAAGAUAUUAACAGACGAGUGGGUUCAUACAGGACUAGGUUGCCCUUCAGUUAUCCUGGUCCCAAACCAUGAAGGGCUUUAAAUUCGCCACUAGCAAUUGGGGCACGAUACAAGUUGGAAGCCAGGGCAGUUGUUUCAAUAAGAGAGUCACAUACUCUGAUGAACCACUGAGCUGCCAUGUUUUGUACCAGUUACAGGUUUCUGGACUUUCUUAAUAAUGAGGCCCUAUGCAGAAGACAUAGUAGCCCAGCUGUACAGCAUGUGCUUAAAAUGGCAUGCAGGACAAUGUGCAAGCCAGUGGGACCCAUAGAACAGGGGCAGAAUAGUACCUAGAAGUACCUUCCCUUAAUAUUAAAUCUCAAAGCACUGACAUCUAGAUAACAGUUGAUAACAAUGCAAUUGACUAAUUCAGCUGCAGUAAUAGAUGACAGAGACAAUGCAUCAUACAGGGCUAAUUAAUUUAGUAGUUUGCAAACAAUAAACUAUGCAGCUAUUUUACUGAGCAGUUGGAAAUUAUCUAUUUUGCUAAUCAAGAAAUAUUGUGGAGUUUCUGAAGAUAUGGCCUGUUGGUUUACUGGGAUUUAUGUAGAGAGCCAAGAAGGAUGACCUAAGAAAGCGUGAGGUCUGUUACAGCAACAGUGUCUGGUGGUUGUGUUCUAGGAGAGAUUUUUAAAAAUAUACUAUAUGGGGUGUCCUGGGGAGCUAACAUUCCUAAGAUACAAUGUUAUCAAUAAAACAUACAAUUUUGCAAGGAGCAGCAUUUUUUGCUGUUCUGAAAUUAUUACUGUCAAUUUUCAGGAAAGAAGUUGCUGACUUUGAACAACAGAAAACCAAAGAGCUUGCUCGAAUAGAAGAAUUUAAAAAAGAAGAAACAAGAAAGCUGCAAAAAGAACGUAAAGUUUUUGAGAAGUAUGCACAGGCAGCUAGAGCUAUUCCAGAUAAAAAGGAACGGGAUGAAAUUCAGGUAUGAAUGCAAGGGAAAGCCUAUAUGGUUACUUUGAUUGGGAUCAGAUUUACUGGUUGUUGAUUUAAGGUGGAGAAUGUCCACUGAGUAAUUUUAUUACAGGUAUUGCAUUUAUUACUGCAGUGUAAAGUGAUUUGUCUUUUUCUUCAGUUUGUGUAUUUUAACAUAGCAGAAAAUGACCUGCUUGCAUGUUGUUUUCUCAAGGCUUUGAAGCAGCAAAUGGCAACCUUGCAGGAAGAUUUAAAAAGGAGAGAGACAAAAUGGUCAACAACCCACAUUCGUCUUAGAGACCAGAUAGAGGCCUUAACUAGGGAGAAUGUGCAACUACGGGAAGAGAUCAAAAUUAUGGAACGAUUUCGUUUGGAUGCUUGGAAGAGAAAAGAAGCGUCUAUAAACAAGAAGAAAACUGGCUGUGAUAAGAAAGCAGAGUCAGCAGUAAGGUUUCUUUCCCCCUUCUAUCUCUUUUCAGGCGUAAAAGUGGUAGAGUAGUUAAUGUGACACACUCAGACUGGGAGACCCGGGUUCAAAUCCCCAUUCAUGAAGCUCCCACUUUCUCUGCCUAACCUAUUUCCCAGGGUUGCUGUGACAAUAAGAGUUGCGUGGAGGAAAAACACACCUGAAACUUGCCUGAAAAGGAUGAAUUAAGGAAACACAAACUGCCCAGGCACCUUAGGUUGCACAAAUUUGAUUUACAUUUGUGUACUUGUCAUUAUUGAGUCUCAGGCUGAUGCUUUUGAGCCAUUGGUCCAGGCAUAGGCAAACUCCGGCCCUCCAGAUGUUUGGGACUACAGUUCCCAUCAUCCCUAGCUAACAGGACCAGUGGUCAGGGAUGAUGAGAAUUGUAGUCCCAAACAUCUGGAGGGCUGGAGUUUGCCUAUGCCUGCAUUAGUCUGUCUCUUUUGGUAGGAGAGUUUUGUGUGUGCAGCUGUUAAGGUAGAAUCAUUAAUGUGGGACUGUUGGGACAGAACUUUUCAACUUUUUUUAAUUUGACAAGCUGCCUUGUCAAAAGUGGCAAAAGUGUUUGAGUGAGUAUCCGGAGUCAUGUGAGCACACCUUUCCUCCUCACUAGUGCUCCCCCAAUCCAAAUCUGCUCUGGAGGAUUCCUCAACUGUUCAGGGCACAUGCUGGCAGGUUGUGGGGAAAAGAGUGAGAAGUCCACUUGGGUAGGUGGCCACUGUUGGCCUUCACUCUAUAUUAUAUAUUACUGAACAGCUUUCAGGCACACAGUUUCAAGUAUGAUUAAGCAAAAGUGCAUACAUGUUGUAAACAGCUUCCUACCAUAUUGACUUUAGUUUUAUGUUGCAAAUAGCUUUGUGAGCUUAAUUUUGAAAAGUGGCAUAUAAAUAUGGUAAAAUAAUCACCUUUUACUUUUCGGGGGAAAGGUUUGUGUUCCUGAAUAUUAUCAUUGUAGCAUUUUAACAAAAAAAAAUUCUCAAUAGGCCCCUGCUUUACAUCCCCCCCCCAGCAUUCUCCAGCUAUAUUGCAAAAAAACCAGACUCUGCCUUCAAUUCCUCAAGCAGAAAAGAGCAGCAAGAUGAAUGGCAAAAGUGAUCUGUCAUCAGAAGGUAACUAUACUUAGGAUACAGUACCAUUUCUAGUAAGCAGCAAUAUGACAUUUUAUAUGCAAGUCUGCAUGUUACAUACCUUGUCAUUCUGACACUUCAGCUACCUCCAACCCCCUCCCCCCCCACUACUGAUAUGUUUUACAGUAAUUUACCCAAGAAGCAGUAAUGCCACUGAUAAUAUUUAGUGUGGGCCUUAAAUUAAAUAAAAUAUGAGGUAGCAGAAAAUUAGAGAGGGAUGUACCUACCUUCUCCCCAUGUCCUAGGAAAUAUAAAAUAUUAGAAUCAUAUUUUUAUUCUUGUUUGAAAUAGGAAGACCCUGCGCAAAAUUUAAACUAGCAGCUGCACCUGAAGAGAGUUGCUUGAACAAUGUGGCAGUGACUUUUGAAGAUUCCUCCAAAGCAUUUAUGGCUGUAAGUAAAGUACGAGAAUGUUGGCUCCUGGUUUCAUAAGGCAGCCUAGGGCCUUGGAUAGAAAUGUUUAAGCUGUGCAAUAGAUAACCAAAACUGACCCAAGGAAGAUUGCAGCAUCAAGGAAGUAAGAAAAUGCUAGGGAGGUUGCUAUGUUAAAUCUCCUCUUGCUCUUCUUGACUGUUCGUGCUGCUCCUUUGGUUGAGAAAUAACCCAAUUUUUAUGGAUUAAAUUUAUAUUCAGUAUAAAGGUAUGUAAGGUUAUAGAUAUUAAAUUCUAGGGAAAACAGUGUUACAUUCUAAUUUAAAGAAUGUAGGAUACUGUAGUUGUAUAAUAGAUUUUAGUCCCGUUUUGCUAUUGGCAUCUUUUCUCUGCAGAACAGGAAUAGAGCAUGCCUUCAGGUGUAGUAUUUUGUGGGAUGAGCAGUCCAGGAAAUUUAGGUUUGCACAUUUAAACCAUGGCAGACAUGUCAUUGUGGAAAGGGUCCUGUAAUGGUAGUCUGAAGACCACUUCGGUAGAGUAUUUCACUUUACAUGAAUGAAGCUUGUCUCGUGGAGAAGUUCCCAGUUUGUCACCAUCCAGUGCCCACAGUAAUAUGAUUUGCCUCUCAAGACAAAUUUAUAGUUUUCCCCACCUCCCCAUUUCAGAAUUUACCCGGUAAUGGAACUGUUGAAUCGUCACCAUCGCUAAGUCCCGAUUCAUCAGACAGUGAAGACGAAAUAGAGAGUGAAGCCAAUCAUCCUGAUGGAAAGGUAGUAAGUUGUUGUUUUUUCUAGCGCAUGGGUGGGGGAACCUGUGGCUCUCCAGAUGCUGCUGGCCUUCCUUUGGGGCCAGCCAACAUGGUCAAGUUCAAUGGGAAUUGUCAUCAAAAUCAGGAGGGCAGCAGGUUUCCCAUCCCUGCUCUGAAGCGAUUCCAGAAAGUAGUAUUGGGAGAACAUUGCUAUGUAAAGGAAAUGCUUGCUCUUUCUUGCCUCAGAAAGGAUGACCAGUUCCAUACCUGCACCACCUAUGAAAGUGCAGUGCUGCUGCUAUGCUUGGGAGCCUUUUUGGAUCUGAACUAGAUGUUUAUGCCAUUCUGCCUAGAGCCCAAAGAACGCAGGGAAAAAUAGGAGGUGGUAACUAUUUAUGUAUUUUUCAUAUUUAUAUACCACUUAACUACUAUCAUAUCUAAGCACUGUACAAGAAAUAAAUCAGAAAAGGUGAAAAUUAGUUAAAACUAUAAAACCAGACAUAAAGUCUCCUGGAAUAAAAGUCUGGAAGUUCAGGGAGCUUCACCAAAUUGGGCCUGCAAUACUAAAUGCAUGGCUUCCAUCUUUGCCACAGUAGACCUACUAAAACUGACUCUGCCAAAGACCGCAGUGAUUGGGCAGGGAUUAGGCGGUCCUGUUAAGGCCCUUGUAAAUAAAGACAGUCUUCUCAAUACAGUUUUGCUAUCUAUAACAAGAGAUUAUCCAUGUUCCUCUCAACUAAGCUUUCAUGCUGAAUUUAGGUCCAGGCCCUAUUAUGCAGAGGAAACCAAAUUGCCUACUUUUAUACAGUCUUGCAGCUGUUUCCCAUGUAUUUGCCUAAUACUCAAGGUCAGUUCAUGCUCAGCUACAGUUAAUGGUUAUACCCCACAGCAAAUGCGGGAAUGAACUUCAGGCUUGUAUGAUCUUUCUCAGUGCACAGAGAAACGCUUGUGCUUAUGUGAAGGCCUAACCUGAGAGUGAUCUGCCUACAAAAAGGGGGUGGGAUUGUUCUUUUGAGUGAUGUGGCCCACUCAUUUAUUUAAUUGCGGGCUUACAUAAGAAAAACCCUACAUCAAUUUCUGGCCCUCUGGAUUUGUGAAGCAUGCUCCAUACUCUUGAAUCUCUAAGGGCACCAUAUUUAGAACUGGGAGGGAUACUAUCCCUUAUUAUCAAAUAAGCUCUGUUUGGGUUUGUUUUUGGCCUCUUCCCCUUUCUUAUUCUCUGCUCGGCUUAGCCUGUAGAAGUUCACAGUCAGAAUUGUUACGAUAUAUGCUUUUAUUUCACUUCUUUCAGGUUGAAAAGAUUUUAAAAAAUGGAUCCCACCUGAUUAUUUUCCCCAAUGGCACACGGAAAGAAGUGAGCUGUGAUGGGAAGACUACAACUGUAACCUUCUUUAAUGGGGAUGUAAAGCAAGUUCUGGAUGAUCGGAGAGUGGUAUGUAUCCAGUAAGAAGUAUGUGCCAUUCAGAUAUCGACAGAAGGUUCUAUUAAUGCUAAAUUUGUUAACUCUUCUCAACAGAUAUACUAUUAUGCAGAUGCCAAGACUACGCACACCACCUACCCCACAGGCUUAGAGGUCCUACAUUUCUCAAAUGGACAAAUAGGUAAACAGAGACCUGGCUGUCUUGCUUGUAGCCGUUUAGGGAAGUUUUUAAUAUUUAAUGCUGUAUUGUUUUUAACACUUGAUUGGGAACUGCCCAGAGUGGCUGGGGAAACUCAGCCAGAUGGGUGGGGUAUAAAUAAUAAAUAUUAUUUUAUUAUUGUACUGCUGUAUAAAUUGCUGUGUAUUUGUGUGUAUUGAUGGCACACCAUUAAAUUGCAAGAACUACUUACAAGGCGUAUGAGUAUUCUGACAUGAGGUAUGCUCAUUCAUUCCUUGCAGAAAAGCAUUUUCCAGAUGGAAGGAAAGAGAUUGUAUUCCCUGAUCAAACCAUUAAGAAUGUGUACACGGAUGGGCGAGAAAUGACCAUUUUCCCUGAUGGCACCAUUGUCCGCACACAGCAGUAAGAUUUAUUUUCAUAAAACUAUUUUAAGUGUUAAGUUUGGACUGCAUUUACUGCAGCCAUAUAGAAAAAGUAAAGGUACCCCUGACCAUUAGGUCCAGUCGCAGACGACUCUGGGGUUGCAGCGCUCAUCUCGCUCUAUAGGCUGAGGGAGCCAGCGUUUGUCCACAGCUUCUAGGUCAUGUGGCCAGCAGGACUAAGCAGCUUCUGGAGAACCAGGGCAGCACACAGAAAUGGCGGUUACCUUCCCGCCGGAGCGGUACCUAUUUAUCUACUUGCACUUGAUGUGCUUUUGAACUGCUAGGUUGGCAGGAGCUGGGACCGAGCAACGGGAGCUCACCCUGUCGUGGGGAUUCAAACCACUGACCUGAUCGGCAAGCCCUAGGCUCUGUGGUUUAGACCAUACAGAAAAAGUAGUGACACACAUUAAGAAUGCCUUUUGAGGAAACAAGACUGUGGAGGAAGAGAAAGGCUGUCAAGAACAAAAUCCUCAGUGUUAACUGUGCUAUGACAGUCUUUAUGGUACCCUUAUCCAGUCUGGCCAGCUUCAGGAAUACAAGGUGGGUGCCAGAGAACAUGAAGCUGCUGGGCAGAUGUCAAGAUGAUAAUCUCAGCAAUUUAAGAAUACUUCCUGUGUAGGCUAAGAUUUGUUGUGCGGAAAGUACACAUUGAGAAGAACCCAAAUGAUAUGAGGCAGAGAUGCUUCUUAAAGUUACGUUUUAAGUAGGCAGGCUGUAGUAGGUAUGGCAGUUAGAACAAUUAGCUGCAUUCUUAAUUGUACCUCCCAGCAGAAUUUAGCUAUAACAUUACAUUGGUUUUAAAGGUUGCCUUUCUAUUUUAAGGGAUGGAAGUAAGGUUAUCGAGUUCAGUAAUGGCCAGCAGGAAGUGCAUACAGCCCAUUUCAAGAGACGGGAGUAUCCAGACGGUACCGUUAAGACAAUGUAUGCCGAUGGACGCCAAGAAACGCAGUAUGCUUCGGGUCGAGUUAGAGUUAAAGAUAAGGAUGGUGAGAUUAUUGUGGACACCAUCCUCUAAAAGUUCAUAUUUUGUUCAGGUCUUAAUAUUUAUCCAUGUUUUCUCUUCUCAGAAAAUGUUUGUAAAGGUUGUACAUAGUAAAAAUGUUUUGACAAUAAACUUGUUUUUAAAGAUU